GGCGCGCCGUCUCUAAACCCGCGAACCUCGACUGCGAAGCUCUGUUUUGGUUUCAAAAGGACUUGUUCAAAGUGCCUUUUCUACAUAUAAAUCCCAACUUUUGUAUUUCCAUCGUCUUGAACACUUUUCGAAUAUGUUCAACAAUCAAGGAGGUUUUGAUGGGUUUAGUAAUGACCAAGGAGGGCAAGGCAUGGGAGGAGGUGGCUUCAAUUCACCUGGAUUAGGGGGAGGAUUCAACUCACCAGGAGUCGGAGCAUCACAGUCUAAGGCAAAGAGAGCACAGAAAAUCAUACCAUGUAACAUUGCACAGAUCAUGCAGGCAGCACAGAAUGAAAAUGAUUUCAAAAUCGGUGAUGUUGAAAUUCAUCAGGUGUGUAUUGUAGGAGUAAUAAGGAAGGCAGAGGUGUCUGCAACGAACAUCGUGUAUGACGUUGAUGAUAUGUCAGGACCCGUCAUGGAGGUCAGACAAUGGAUCGACUCAGAUGAUUCUAGCAUGGAUCAACAACCCACAGUUUACGAAGAAAACACAUACAUCAAGGUUUCCGGUAACGUGAGGGCGUUUGGUGGAAAACGCAGCAUCGGUCCUUUCAGAAUUGCACCCAUCAAAGAUCUCAACGAAAUAUCAAUGCACAUGGCCGAGGUUGUACAAUCACAUAUGCUUCUCACCAAAAUGGCUACAGCACAGAACGGCAACAUUAGCACAGGAAGCAUGGCGGACCCAAACCACUACAGAACACCGGUGAAGGGAGGAAACAUGAUGGGGGGAGGAAUGAUGGCACCUAAUAAUGGACUCGACAAUGUACAAACACAGAUUCAUCAGUUGAUUACGAGUUGUCAUGACGAAGAAGGAAUCAGCAUGGAUUAUCUCUCCGGGCAGCUAAAAGGAAUUUCAAGAGAUUCUAUCAGGAAAGCUGUUGAGUUUCUGAGCAGCGAGGGGCACAUCUACUCCACCAUUGAUGAUGAUCACUUCAAAUCAACAGAAAGCUGAAUCCCUCCCCUGACCCCUCCCUGACCCCUCCUCACCCCUAACCCCUCCCCAACCCCUGACCCUUAUCCACCCCCGACCUCUCCCCAAGCUCUGCCAUUAAGAUCCAGUUUUUGCUUGAUCCCACCCACACUCAAUGGCCCGUACUCUACAGAAACCUUGGCACUGUGUCUAGGCUUUUGUUCAAAUCUGGGGGGUGUUUCACAAAACUUGUCAUCAGUGACAAAUGACAGUUUUUGUUAUAAGCUAGUGAAAUCCUUGCUUCUGAUUGGUUAUCAGCAGACUUGUCACUGAUUUUUGUCAUUUGUCAUUGAAAAAAAGCUUUGUGAAACGAGUCCCUGAUUUAACAAAAGAAGUAAGUCCAAGGUCUUAGUAUUCCCUUUGUCGAACAUGAUAUUAGACAUUGGGUCUGGUUUAACUGAAUUAGUAGAAUGCGAACUAUUGAGUUUGGUUUCAUUUCAAGUUUUUAACCCUUAUUUGCUUCACCAUCAUCGCUCUUCCAAAUACAUCUCUUCCUCCCCAGUGCUCUUUUGAAACGGUCAAUUCUCGGUUUAUGAUUCCUCGCUGUUUUUCCUUGCUAUUAUAAAUGUAAUACAUGUAGAUUGUACAAAGUGAAUCUUGGAUGUAAUGCAUUUGUCAAUGUUUUAAGGAAACUAAACUUAAGGCUUGUUCAGAUAGGAAAACAGCUAUGUUUUUUUACGACAACGUAAAGUUGGAAGUGUAAUACGCUUUACAUUUCUGUAAAACUUAUAACAAAGAGCUCAGUGUAUACGCGGGUCCUUUGUUGUGCACAAUUAAAUGUACACUUU